CUUCAACUAGUUAGAGUCGAUCUUUCAACUUGUUAGACUCAUUUACACAUUCUAUUAUCACUAUUUUUCAUUCAUAAAGUGUUUUCCCAUUCGUUUUAUCAUAAAAAGGUAAAAUUUGCGUGUAUUGUUUUCAAAUAACAUGUAAUAGUUAGUCGCCCCACCCCGUAACCGCAUGGGUUUUACCCUCCCCGACCCGCAGUAGCAUGGUGCGGGAGAUGGGUAUUGAGGUACCCGCCCCGCCUCAUUGCCAUCACUACCAGCCAUAACUUUGAAAGAUUUCAGCAUAAUAUCAGGCUGGUUUUUAACACACACAAAAAAAUCAAAAUAAUCAAAAUAAUGAGGAUUAAAAGAACAUGGAAUGACUAAGAUAAGAGCAUACAAUAACUAUAAAUGACAAUGGGAAGGUACGUGGCGAGUUUCUUGGUACCCAGACCCGCCCGUGGCAGGUCGGGUCCAGGUGGGAUAAUUUAUCACGAGUCGCAGGUUGGGGCAAGUCGACCCAAUGAGUAUGCAAUUUAUAUGAAAAACAUUAGAAAUAUUCGUUAUUUUUAUUAUAAGAUUAAGAAAACAAACAAUAUUAGGAUAAAUGUAGUUAAAUUAUUAGAGAAAUUGAGGUUUUCACUAAUUUACAACUUUAUUAUAGCUAAAUUAUAAUGUAAUAAAAGAAAAAUUCUAAGUAAUUUGACUAAGAUUAAAUGUAAUUUAGGCAAGAACGAGUCGAGAAUGGGGCGGGUUAGGGCAUAUCGAGUCGAUGAGAGUACUAAUGUCUGUCCCACCCCAAACAGGCCAAACAAAUCGGGUAAAACGGGUCAGGUCGAAAUUGCCAAAUGAUAAAUUUAUGCACGGAUGUCUCUUCUUCAGUAACCAUGUCAUUCAUUACGCUGUAUUGCACAAGAAAAAAAAUCACUAAACACAAAUGAUAAAACUCACACGACUUUGUGCUUAGUUUCUCAUACAAAUCCUCCCAAUCGGCUACAAAUUUGUGAUUUCGAUCCUUUCUGCGAAGUGGGAUUUAUAAUGUUCUGGUUGUUUGGUAUUACGUCCGUUAGAAAAACUGAGAAGAGCGGAAAAUGCUUAGAGAAGAAGCUAGUUUUUGGGUAAAAGGAUGGCUAACACCUUUUCUAGGGAUCUAAUCGCCAUGCCAGCAGCUCAAAGCUUCCAAUACCCGCAUUUCUUCUGCUAUAACGUAUCUUCCACUCAAAACCCACACCACACCACACUCUGCCAUCGACUUCCCACCUCACAGUUUGGUAGAUCGGUUCAACACCAUCUCCUUCACUCUUCCUCCUUCCUCCUUCCUUCAUCGCCAUUAACAGAUCUUCCUCCUUUUAUUAACCCCACUUCCCCAUGCCUCCUCUCACCAUCUCUCGUCCACCAUGGCUGGCAUUGCCGUGGUUCCCCGUUCCCUCCACUCUGGGGGUGAUGAUGAUGACCGUGACAACUUACAGCGCCCUCCCACCCGCCACUCGGCUGCUCCCAAGGCGUGCAGAGUCUGCGGGGAUGAAAUUGGGGUGAAGGAAGAUGGAGCCCCAUUUGUGGCCUGUCACGUUUGCGGGUUCCCCGUUUGCAGGCCUUGUUAUGAGUACGAGAGAAGUGAUGGCAACCAGUGCUGCCCUCAGUGCAACACUCGCUAUAAGCGCCACAGAGGUUCUCCGAGGGUACCUGGAGAUCACGAGGAUGAUGAUUUUCAUGGUGCAGAUGAUUUUGAUGAUGAGUUUCCGAUUAAGCAUCAUAAUCAGGAGGAGUCCAAUCACCAAGAUGUGGAUGCUCAUUCUGAAAAUAGGGACUACGUUCAACCACAGCUGCACACAGGAGGCCCUGCUUUCUCUUCCACUGGAAGUGUCGCUGGUAAGGAUCUUGAAGCAGAAAGAGAAGCUUAUAGCAAUGCAGAAUGGACAGAGAGAGUGGAGAAGUGGAAGAUGCGACAGGAAAAGAGAGGUCUUGUCAGCAAGGACGAUGGAGGAGGAAAUGAUCAAGGAGAAGAAGAUGAAUACUUAAUGGCUGAAGCAAGGCAACCACUCUGGCGAAAGGUGCCAAUGCCCUCAAGCAGAGUGAACCCAUACCGCAUUGUCAUCAUCCUCAGGCUUAUCAUUCUUUGCUUCUUUUUCCGUUUCCGCAUCUUAACUCCAGCCUAUGAUGCAAUGCCACUAUGGGGCAUCUCUGUGGUCUGCGAGAUAUGGUUUGCCUUGUCUUGGAUCCUUGAUCAGUUCCCAAAAUGGUUCCCGAUCAAUCGGGAAACUUACCUUGAUCGUCUUUCUCUGAGGUUUGAAAGAGAGGGGGAACCAAACAAGUUAGCCCCGGUUGAUUUCUUUGUCAGCACAGUGGACCCUCUCAAGGAACCACCAAUCAUAACUGCUAACACGGUUCUUUCCAUCCUGGCAGUCGAUUAUCCGGUUGAUAAAGUCAGCUGCUAUGUCUCUGAUGAUGGUGCUUCAAUGCUUCUCUUUGACACACUGUCAGAAACAGCUGAAUUUGCUAGGAGGUGGGUCCCAUUUUGCAAGAAACACAAUGUUGAGCCAAGAGCUCCAGAGUUCUAUUUCUCUCAGAAGAUUGAUUAUUUGAAAGAUAAGGUUCAUCCGAACUUUGUGAAGGAGCGGAGGGCGAUGAAAAGAGAGUAUGAAGAGUUCAAGGUGACAAUUAAUGCACUGGUCGCCAAAGCUCAGAAGAAGCCUGAAGAAGGAUGGGUGAUGCAGGAUGGCACCCCCUGGCCUGGAAACAAUACCCGUGAUCAUCCUGGAAUGAUUCAGGUUUAUCUUGGAAGUGAAGGCGCACUUGAUGUCGAAGGCAAGGAGCUUCCCCGGCUUGUCUAUGUUUCACGUGAGAAGAGACCAGGCUAUUCGCACCACAAGAAAGCUGGUGCCAUGAAUGCGCUGAUCCGAGUCUCUGCAGUCCUCACCAAUGCACCUUUCAUGUUGAAUUUGGAUUGUGAUCAUUAUCUUAACAACUGCAAAGCUGCAAGGGAGGCAAUGUGCUUUUUGAUGGAUCCCCAGUUUGGAAAGAAGCUUUGUUAUGUUCAGUUCCCUCAGAGGUUCGAUGGCAUUGAUCGCCACGAUAGAUAUGCUAACAGAAAUGUGGUAUUCUUUGAUAUUAACAUGAAAGGCUUGGAUGGGAUCCAAGGGCCGGUUUAUGUAGGGACUGGAUGUGUCUUCAACAGGCAAGCUCUGUACGGCUAUGAUCCACCAGUGUCUGAAAAGCGGCCCAAAAUGACAUGCGAUUGCUGGCCUUCAUGGUGCUGCUGUUGCUUUGGUCGUUCAAGGAAAACUAAAUCUAAGAAGAAGGGACAGAGAAGCCUGCUCGGAGGACUUCUUCCAAAGAAGAAGAAAAUGGCAGGGAAGCACUACAGCAGGAAAGGUUCCAUCCCGGCUUUUGAACUUGAAGAGAUCGAAGAAGGACUUGAAGGCUAUGAAGAGUUGGAGAAAUCUUCACUUAUGUCUCAAAAGAACUUUGAGAAACGGUUUGGUCAAUCCCCGGUUUUCAUCGCCUCGACCUUGAUGGAAGAAGGUGGGUUGCCUGAGGGAACAACUUCUUCAUCUCUCAUCAAGGAGGCCAUCCAUGUCAUAAGUUGUGGGUAUGAAGAGAAAACUGAAUGGGGCAAAGAGGUUGGUUGGAUCUAUGGUUCUGUUACGGAGGAUAUCCUGACAGGGUUCAAGAUGCACUGCCGAGGAUGGAAGUCAGUUUACUGCUGUCCUGAGAGAGCAGCUUUUAGGGGAUCAGCUCCCAUUAACUUGUCGGAUCGGCUGCACCAAGUUCUGAGAUGGGCUCUGGGAUCUAUCGAAAUUUUCAUGAGUCACCACUGCCCUCUCUGGUAUGGCUGGGGAGGCAAGCUGAAAUUCCUUCAGAGGCUUGCUUACAUCAACACCGUCGUUUAUCCUUUCACUUCGAUUCCUUUACUUGCCUACUGCACCAUUCCUGCAGUCUGUCUUCUGACUGGAAAAUUCAUCAUCCCAACGAUCAGCAAUCUUGCUAGCAUAUGGUUCUUGGCGCUUUUCCUCUCCAUCAUAGCAACCAGUGUCCUGGAGCUGCGUUGGAGCGGGGUGUCCAUCGAAGACCUGUGGCGCAAUGAGCAGUUCUGGGUCAUCGGUGGAGUCUCGGCCCAUCUCUUUGCUGUCUUUCAAGGCCUUCUCAAGGUGCUAGGGGGAGUUGACACGAACUUCACCGUCACAUCAAAAGCAGCCGAUGAUACGGAGUUUGGAGAUCUGUACAUAUUCAAAUGGACUACCCUUCUCAUCCCGCCAACCACACUCAUCAUCCUCAACCUGGUAGGGGUUGUUGCAGGAGUGUCUGAUGCAAUCAACAAUGGGUACGGAUCAUGGGGACCUUUGUUCGGGAAGCUCUUCUUCGCCUUCUGGGUCAUUGUCCAUCUCUACCCUUUCCUCAAAGGUCUGAUGGGAAGGCAAAACAGGACUCCUACCAUAGUUGUCCUGUGGUCCAUUCUCCUGGCUUCAAUUUUCUCGUUGGUUUGGGUCAGGAUUGAUCCCUUCUUGCCCAAGCAAACUGGUCCAAUUCUUAAGCAAUGUGGGGUCGAGUGCUAGGCACUGUUUCCUCCACAAUACUUUUCUGGUUUCUUCUCUGACCAUUAGACAUCUUCCAUCAGUUGGCGAGGAGGCCUGUUUUUGUUGGUUUUUUGGGUUUCAAAUGUUCUUCAGGUCAUGAGAUAGAGUUGAAGUUUGAAGAUUGUAAAAUGAAGAUUGAGAUACGUAUAUGUAUGUAUGUAUGUUAUUCAUCAGCGAACAUUGCCUCCUUAUGUAGAGUUUGAGUUUUUUGGUCUUGGAAAAUGGUCUCUUGUUUUCAACUGCCUACCACUAGCUGCCUUUCUCAGCUCUGAAACCAAAAGAGGGCAAAAAGAAUAUAGGGAUGGGAUCAGAAUAGGAAGGGGCUUCCAUUGGCGGGAUGAGGAUUCAUGAAAAUUAACAAAAACCAGAGGAACCCCUCUCUCGCGUCAAUCCAACAAUGUGAAGGUUACAUGUGAUUGUGAAAGGGAAUAAACUAAUACGUGAGGAACAUAGACUAAAAAAAUCGUAGGCUUAAUUCUCAUGUGAUGAAAAAAAGUAACAGUUGACAAAAAUCAAUCAUGGUAUAAGAGAUUCCACGAAUAGGAACAUCUAAGUAUCUUAAUAAGAAUUGAGAGAACGC